GCGCUAAGGCCCCGCGGCGGCGGCGGCGCUGCCGUGUUGACAGCGGCGGCCGCGCCGGGAGCAGCCCCGGGAAGCGGGUUGGCGGCGCCGGUUCUCCCGCUCCCCACUCCGCUAUGGCCUUCAUGGAGAAGCCGCCGGCCGGCAAGGUGCUGCUGGACGACACGGUGCCGCUGACAGCGCAGAUCGAGGCGAGCCAGAGCCUGCACUCGCACACGGAAUACAUAAUCCGUGUGCAGAGAGGAGUUUCAGCAGAAAACAGUUGGCAGAUUGUGAGGCGAUACAGUGACUUUGACUUACUUAAUAACAGCUUGCAGAUCUCAACUCUAAGUCUACCUCUUCCUCCAAAAAAAUUGAUUGGAAAUAUGGAGCGUGAAUUCAUCGCUGAAAGACAGAAGGGACUCCAGGCCUAUCUCGAUGUAAUUACCACCCAUCACAUACUGUCUAACUGUGAACUGGUAAAGAAAUUCUUGGACCCAAACAGCUAUUCUGUAAACUACACUGAAAUUGCCUUACAGCACGUUUCAAUGUUCUUCCGAUCAGAGCCAAAGUGGGAAGUGGUAGAACCAUUAAAAGAUAUAGGUUGGCGAAUACGUAAGAAAUAUUUCUUAAUGAAGAUAAAGAAUCAACCAAAGGAACGGCUAGUGUUAAGCUGGGCUGAUCUUGGCCCUGAUAAGUACUUGUCUGACAAAGACUUACAGUAUGCUGUGAAACUUCUUUCUUCCUGUUCUCAUCCCUAUAUUUACAAAAUCACUUUUGCCACUGCCAAUGAAUCUUCAGCACUGGUUAUUAGACCAUUCAGUGAAAAAGGGACACUAAAGGACCUUAUUUAUAAGGCAAAGCCAAAAGACCCAUUCCUGAAGAAGUAUUGCAAUCCUAAAAAAAUUCAAGGUCUUGAGCUUCAGCAAAUAAAAACAUAUGGAAGGCAAAUAUUAGAGGUAUUAAAAUUCUUGCAUGAGAAAGGAUUUCCUUACGGCCAUCUUCACUCUGCCAAUGUGAUGUUGGAUGGGGAUACCUGCAAGUUACUGGAUCUAGAAAAUUCCUUGUUGGGACUUCCAUCAUUUUAUCGAUCAUACUUUUCACAGUUUCGGAAAAUUAAUACUUUAGAAGGUGUUGAUGUACAUUGCUUUGGACACUUACUGUAUGAAAUGACAUACGGAAGACCCCCAGACACGAUUCCAGUAGAGAGCUUCCCCCCUGCACCCUCAGUGUUUGUUGUGUCAGUGUUGGAAUCCAUUCUGACCUGUGAAGCUAUGAAGAAUGGCAUGCCAACUGUCUCACGGCUCUUACAGAUGCCAUUAUUCAGUGACGUCCUGCUAACAAACUCUGAGAAACCACAGUUUAAGAUUCCUACCAAGCUAAAAGAGGCGUUGAAAAUCUCCAAGGAAUGCAUAGAAAAGCGAUUAACAGAAGAACAGAAAUUGAUUCACCAGCACAGAAGGCUGACAAGAGCUCAAUCUCAUCAUGGCUCUGAAGAAGAAAAAAAGAAAAGGAAGAUCUUAGCACGCAAAAAGUCAAAACGUUCUGCCUAUGAAAGUGGGGAGGAACACUCAGCAAAAUACAGCAACUCAAAUAACUCAGCAGGCUCUGGGGCAAGUUCCCCUUUAACAUCUCCAUCAUCCCCCACUCCGCCCUCUACAGCAGGUAAGUUCAAGAGUCAUUAUUUUAUGGUUUUGGGUUUUUUUAUUCCCCUCUGCUCCUCAGUGGUGGGUGUUAUUUCCAAGGAUGACUAAGGGAUGGUGGUUUUCAAGGAUGGAACGCGGAGAUGACAAUUAUCUUGUGUCAGCCUGAGUGUGGGCAUGUGAGCCAUUCUCUAUGGCUCUCUUUGAGGGCCAUAGAAAACCUUUUAAUAGUUUUCUUUUUUGUUUAAUAACCUUUCCUGAGAUAUACAUGAUAUGAUUUAUCCAUAGAGUGUAAGUGCUUGCUUCAAAGUCUCUUUUACUGCAGGCCUACUGACAUUGCUACUUUCCAGACAUUUUGUGGGCCUCACGUUGCAGUAUGCAUUUGUCCUGGUGUUAAUGGUCUGUUGACUCUGAAAUACUGCUUGUUCACCCCUUGUGUAUUGUCUCUUUACUCCUGUACUGCUGUGAUGUAUUUUCAGAAAUUUUGGAUGUGACAAAUUCAGUGGUUUAGGCUGUGUAAAUCUCCCCAGUUGUGCUACAGCCCAUUGAUAACCCAGUAGAGCUCAUAGAAACGAGUCAGAGACUGAUUUGGGUUAAAAGUAAUAUCUUUAUUAUUUUUGACCAGUUCUGUUUUUCAGUUUGCAGGGUAGCUGUGCAGACAGUUUUGCUAAUGUUUAGGACAGGUGAUGAGAAGUGGUGAAGAAUCUGCUUGAGUGACCAAUAGAAAUACUCUGAAAGUUUGAUUACAAAUCUGAGUAUUGAGCAACAGUGGAUGUUCUGCAGGCUGAAAGGCUGGAAGAGGAGCACUGGCAAACAUUUCUAGAGGGGAAGCAGUCCAUAGCAUUGCUGUUUGUUAUGGUGACUCAUGCCAUAGGAUUUCUAGUCCCAGGAACUUUCUACACAGAACAACUCAGUAACUAACAUGAUGCAAUCAAAUUUGUGUUUGCUGUGAAUGAUCUUUCAAAGGACACUGCACUCUGAUGUAAUUCAAAUCAGUCAUGCUGAAAUUCAAAUUAGUAAUUUCUCCUUCAAGGUGAGGGUAUGAGAAAUGUGCAUUUUAGGAACUAAUUUCUCCCAGUUAGCCUAAACAAAAUAAUUAGUGUUAUUGUGUCGCACAGUAACAGUGCUGCUCUCAGGAUGCACCCAGUGUUAGCUGGAGGGUUUGUUACACAUUUAAUAAAGAAGUAGCUGCAAAUGCAAAAGAAAACCUUGUGCCUCCAAAAUGGACAGAUGCAAACAAUUUUUUCUUUUUCAAUAAAACUACCUUUUAGUUAUGUUUUAACUUGGACUUGUUGGAACUUGGUUGAAAGCUUUUUCAAGUUUUAAGCAUGGGAUGCAGGUUUAUGUGUUGAUGUGACUCAAAUGGCUGAGUGAGCUGAUGGCUUGGAUGUUGUUCAUGAAGUGUAAAGGCAAGUGGCAAAUUUUCAGGAAUGCUUUUGUGAGUAGAAUUAAUAGAAGAAAUUUUGGAUAUUAGUUCUAAGAGAAAACUAGUGUGCUGAAUUUUUUCACCAGCAGCGUUGUAGUUUUAGCUGCUCUAAGCAGGUAUGCUAUUACUGGCUCAAUGAAAGACUCACUGGCCCCAUGGUGGGACUUAGUGACAAGUGAUGCCUUUGUAGCUUGUCUCUCUCUCUUCCAGUUUCCUUGUACUUACUAAGGGUAUUUACCUCUAAACCAAAAUUGCUUGUGGGUAUCAGUGUGGUGAGAUGAUUCUCAAAAGGGCAUGAGGCUUUCAGUCUGUCUGUGUGGUUUGGUUGUGGUCGUGUUAGAAUCAGGGCACCUCAAAGCAUCCUGGUGAUGUGAUGCCAAGGCAAAAUUGAGGCUGAUGAGGAAAAGUGCACCCGGCAGAAGCUCUUGCCAUCAUUUGGUAACCAACCAAAUCAGUGUGGUGUGUGGGUAUGUGCAGAGCCAGAGACACUGACCAAAGGGGAACGGGCUCCAGGCUGACAUGUCCUGGGGAAGAACCUGUUCAGGGGUUUCUCACAUGUUGAGAGGUGUUUUGUCUCUGAACAAAGGCCUUGUGAGACUUGGCUUGCACCAGAGUGCUUGGUAUAGUUGAUGGAACACAGACUAAGAAAUAAAAUAGUGGUUGGCUUUCACUGUUUUUUUAAUGGCAGCUGCAGCUGUAGGAUUGAGUGCAUGGCCUGCUUUGAGGGGAAAGGUGUCCACUGGAAAUACCAUAAAAUACCAGCAUGAUGUUUUACAACAGAGAAAAGUUUGUGGGGUGUUACUUUUGCUUUCCUGGGCUUUUCUGCAGGAAUAAAGUGAGAGUUGUACUUAACAAUCUUUUCUGUGCCAGUUAUUCUAAAUCCUUCAGCACAAUAUAGGUUUCAUUGGCAUCUAUAUGGUGCAUCUUGCCUGCCCUUCACCUUUCUGUAAGACAAUUUGAAUGCUUUAGGAAGCGCUUUUCCUGAGUGUCUCUGACUCAUGAGUGUAAAUACGGGUGUUAAUACAGCAGGAAGUGUUCCUUGAACUGAAUGGAUUUCAUCUCCUAUGGCUAAUCUUCCUGCAGAUUUCUUGCUAAAUCUCUCUAAAUGCACUUUAAUCCUGUAAAGGUUGAAUUAUGGCAUGUGCAGCUGGAAGCAUUUGUGUUUUAUUUGGUGAUCAAGUAUAAUACUGCCUAGAGUGUGGAAAAUAGUGGUUCGUUAUUCAGAAUUGGACAAAGUAUUGUAAAUGUAUAUUGAAAUAGUCAGUCCACUGUCCUCGUAUUUGUCAGUGAAUAAGAAUAUAUUGACUUUUGUACUAACUUUUCAGCUAACAGUGUCUGUUUUUCUUACUUUGACACGAGAACCAGAUGAUUAACUUGUGUCCUCUCUCUUUCUCUGCUGUCUUCAAUAGAGCAUGCAUCAUUUUGAACGUGAAUUUUCGGAAAAGUAAGCUAAUGCUGAUUUAUCUCUUUAAAGAUGCUCUGUUUCUAAAUGGGAAAGUUGAAUGCAAAUCUUGAACUUAGUAUUGGGAGGGAAUAGAAGAAAAAAAUCUGAAUGUUCCUACAGAUUAUUUUAAUGAAAUGCAGCAUCUUUAAAACCUCACUAAAAUGAUUUUCUUUGUUCGCAUCCCAUUCUCAGCCAAGUUUUUAAUGCUGUUUGCACUAUUACUGUCACUUUAAAUUCAUAAUUAAGUUUUUGUUUCGAUUCAGGCAUCAAGUUUACAGCAUCUGAUUUACUUCCUAUUCCUUUUAACACACUCUUUUAACAAAAAUGUCCCUGUAAAAACCCUUGGUAAGUUCUUGUUUGAGUGUUUUAUUCUUACAACUGCAUGAAUGAGUAGAACGUGUGUGUGCAGGCAAUGUCUUCCAGCAUGUAUAUUGGAAAGGCCUACUGACAACUGAGCACUUGUCUUAAGUGAUUUUUUCUACUAAAUACAGGAAAAUAUAUCACUGUUGGGCAGAACAGUUUAAUCUGUAGAUGUAACUACACCUGUGUGUGAACUCAGAUGUCCUUUUCACCACUCAUGUCAAGAAGGGAAGGACAGCUUGGUUUGGACUGACUAACUGAAAUGAAUGGAUAUGAAGAUUUUUGGAAUCAUGCUCUUAAUUACCAGGUUCAAUAUGUAAUGCUCAUGGCUAGUCAGAUACCAUUCUGAACCCUGUAUUUAUGUUUUAAGGCAGAGCUCGGGUGUAAGAGUAUCAUUAUCUGUUAUCAGUCUCACAAGAGUUUAAUUGCAUGAUGUUGUCAGCAGCUCUAUUUCAAUAACAGUGAGUCUUGAGGAAUUUAACAAUUUUCGAGAAAGGAAGGUGACCUCUCCCCCUAUACUUCCCUGUCUUUUCUACCCCCCUUGUAAAAUAACCAGACCAAAAUUUGAAGAUAGACAUGGAAUCUUGGCCUAAUAAUACUUAGUCAUCCAAGCAUUUUGUGUCUUUUUUGCUCCCCCUCUCUGUCAAACAUGUGCCUUCUUCCACUGCACGUGUUACCGUUGUAUUUGUAUUCCCUGCAGAGUCCUGGCCUCUGUUUUUGUGGUCAAUUCCCUAUUGCAUCUUGUACAACUACUUGCAUAGCCUCUUCAGCCUCACCUUGCAAUUCCAGACAAAAAUCUUGGCUUUGUUCUCUGCAGUUCUUGCAUCUCUUUGAAGCCAUUUCAUAUAUGAGUAGCUGCUCUUGGUGCUCUUACAGCAGCUCACCUGAUCUGUUUGGGGACAGGUUGGUGUGCUAGUCCUACAGCUUCUGCACUGACCACUUCAGCCAUAAAAUGGUUACUUGAACUGUUCUUGGUCAUGUUUUUCCUUUGGCAAAAUGCCAAGUUUUCCUUCCCUGGCAGUCUAUCCAUGUAAGAAACAGGGCUCUGACCCAGGGAAUGAUUUUCCAGUAUUUCUAAUGGUAAAGUGUAAAAAGCAGAUUUGGGUAAGUUAGAAGCCAUUUUGUUAUGUUUUGAUUACUUCAGAGAACAGUUGAUCCACAUGCACUAGGAACAUUAAAUUGUUUCAGUUGAUCUCUGGUAUUUCUGUUAGGAUUUGAGUAUUUCCUCUGAAAGCGUAGAGAGUGAAGAUGAGCUCAAUAUGUACUUCCAUGUUUUGUUUUCACAGAGGGCUUUCAUGCCAAUGAGAAUUUCUCCUGAAGAGCUGGAAGUGCUACAAUCACAGCACAUAUUAAUGUACACUGGCAAAAUUGGAUGCUUUGUGUGAAUAUUCUGCAUUUUGAGCUUGUUCCCAUAUGAGAGAAGUCUCUCUUCAAAGACUAGUACAAAUAGAAAAUGAGGGAGCUUUGAGUUAUGUCUUUCAUCUAGUAGAAUAACUGCUUAAUAACAGCAGUGAUGUUUUUACUGCUACCUGUUAGUCUGAAAACAAGUGUGAGGAAUUGAGAGAGAAAUGGAGCACAGAGAACUUUUGUCUGCUUUUUUUCUGCAGUUGAGCUUUAUCUUUCAUCAAAUACCUCGAGUCUGUGUGGCAUAAUGUCCUUCAACUGCUUGGUAUUUUCUCACUUCAUAGCAAGCAGUUCUACUUCAGUAACCACAGUGUCUUGGUUGCCCUCGUGCUGUUUUGUUUUGUCCAGUAUCCUUAUUCUUGCCAUUUACCAGUAUAUUUCUCUUUGUAGGUUAGACCUACUGAAAGCAAGUGUUAGACUAUAGGUGCCAUUUGUCUCUGUAGUCUUCAUGUGGAACAACUUAUGAUCUAGAUGAUGCAGUUAAAAUUCACUGGUGAAUAGUUCUAAGAUACUAAUCAUUAUGCCCCUACUCCUUCCAGAAUAUAUGAGACAAGAUAGGCCUAUUAUUAUUACUAUACUUGUGUAGAAAUGAUGGUACAAUGUGCAGCAGCAGAGCUGCACAAGAUCAGGGUGUUUGGCAGAGCAGCCUGGGGCAAAUUAGGCCACCUGCCUGGAUCUGAACUGCCAAGGAAGCACCUCCAUGCAGGCCCUCACUGCUGGGCUAGCUCCCCACAUGCACUGCUGUGGGCUCUGACUUCCCAGGGAGUCAGGACAUGGAGGCUGAGGAAUGAUGAGAUGGAUGUUUGACUGGGGUAGAGAGCAAGGGCCAGAGUGUAAAGGUGGCUGGUGGGAACAGGAGAGGCAGGCAAGAGGUGUGUGUCACAGUGUUGUGGUUCAUUCAGUCUGUCCAACAAGCAUUCGUUACAACAUGUCUGAAGAAAGUGGACUGUGGAAGUGUAAAACACUUCCAGAAAACUCUAUCUGCAGUUAGUACUUUAAAAACGGCAUAUAAUCUGACCAAGCAAAAUGGUCAUCACAAAUAUUACAGUGAUGCGGUCCUUCAAAGAUCAUAAAGUGUGUUAAGUAAGUAGGAACAGGUAGUAAAAUUUGCUUCCAGUCUUUGUUACUGUUCAUGUCCCAGAAAGCAAACUGCUUUACUAGGCAAAAACAAGAGCUGGGAAAUCCCAUUAAGUGAUCUCCAUUUCCUUCAGAAGAUCACAUUUGAGUCAUGUUUUGCAUCCCUGAGUACUGAGGCCCUUCAGGCUUCAUUUCAGAGGUGUCUCAGAUGACACGACUCACCUGCAGAUAGAGGGAUUUGAUCACUUGGGCAUUUCCCAUCUGUUCUGUUCUUCACAUUCCACUGGCAUUCAAGGGAUGAUGUGAGUAGUGCAGGACUGACCAUGUCCAGCCAAGCAGCCACAGUCCUCUGUGGCAGGACACCCCUGGCAUAAUCAAACUAUAUCUUCUCUCCCUGGCUCAACAGGAGCAUCGUCCAUCCCCCCAGCACCGCCUCCGCCACCCCUGCCACCAGCAGCUCCUCCCCUGAGUACAGAGGUGCCAACGCCGCAGCCCGUCA